ACUAAGCAGUGCUUGUUUCCAAACGAAGAUGAAGACUUCCUUGGUUUUCUUGGUACUGAUACUCUGCUAUCUUUGCAGAGCUCAGAAACACAGCAGUGACAAUGACAUCUUGCUUCAAGCUGUUGAGGGCGGGGAAGAGAAGGCUCAAACACAGAGGCCCGGUACUGAAGUUGAGGGAGGUGAACCAGAGCUCGUGCUUCAGUCUGACAUCUGGGCUGAACUGAGGAUUUUGAAAGACAUUGUAAUGGAGCAGAGAUUGGAGAUAUGGCACCUGACAAACAGAGUAACAGCUGCUGAGAGCCUGGUGGAUGAGUUGCAGAAGGCGAAUACAGUCAUGGAGGCCAGGAUGACCGCUGCUGAGAGCUUGAAAGAUGAACUGCAGAUGGAGAAUGACGCUCAAGCUACAGAGCUUGCAGUCACUCAGCAGAAGCUCAGCUCUCUGCAGCAAAGAUUGACAGUAAGUGAAGACCGUGUGGAGGAGCUGGGCAAACAGCAGGAAGGACAAGAGGCGGCAGUGCAGGAACUUCAAAAUACCAACAGAGUGAGAAAACUGGCUUUUUCUGCCUCCCUUCGGGCAGCUGGUGAAGGUAACACAAGCAUCGAAGAAUUUCUUCCACUCAUCUACAGAAAUGUCUUUACCAACAUCGGAAACCACUACAACCCAAACACAGGUUUCUUCACUGCACCAUUAAGAGGAGUUUAUUACUUCAGAUUUACUGGCCAUGUAGCACACUCUGAUAGAAGUAUGAGACUAAGACUGGUCAAGAAUGGAGAUGCCACAGUCAUGGCGGCUGACCGCGAAACCACAACUGCAGAUGCUGAGGACAAUGCAUCUAAUGGUGUAGUGUUGCAGUUAGAAGUGGGAGACGUUGUUUCUGUACAACUUUCUGGAAAUGUUUGGGAUGACCAUUACUGCAGAACAACCUUUAGUGGCUUUCUACUAUUUCCUUUGUAAGAUAUUACAAUUAUCAUCAUGAAAGCUACAUGCAGGGUCCAAUUUGUGUCAUUUCACCAAUGACUGCAAAUUUAUUAAA